AUGUUUGGGUGUCAGAGGGCAGACAGACGACAGUGGUGGCCCGGUCCUGAUGGAGACGAGCAGACGGAGCCGUGUCCACGCAGCACCCUGCUGGACCAAAGCCGGCGGCACCGGACAGCGUUCACGCGGGAGCAGCUGUCCCGGCUGGAGCAGGAGUACGGCAAGGAGAGCUACGUCUCCAGGCCCCGCCGCUGCGAGCUGGCCACGGCGCUCAACCUACCGGAGACAACGAUCAAGGUGUGGUUCCAGAACAGGAGGAUGAAGGACAAACGGCAGAGACACUCCUUGCCAUGGCCCCACCCUCUUGUCGACCCACUGGGGGCACUCCUGAUGGGCCGUGCCUCUCCUUCCUCCACCUUGCCGUACCCUUUCAUCCCACCCCACCUCCCACACCUGCCCCUCCACCACCACUACCCCCUGGCUCUCUCCUCACCAGCAUCUUCAGUUCACAGCCGCUACAGCUCGCCCAUUAGAGCCCUGGAUGCACUCCGCCUCUCCCAGUACCAUAACAGACCAGGGGGGCUGCCUCCAACCACAGCAGCCCUCUACCCCUCCACCAGCAUCAUGCACCACCCCGCUUCAUGUCCCUGCCCCCUCUGCCUGCACUGGGGACCAGAACAACUGCUCAAAGCGAGAGGGGAGGCACUGAGCCAACCCCGGAGUCCCAAGGCCAACAUCCAGCCUGCCGGUCUGGAGCGGAGAGAAGAGAUGGUGUAA